AAGAGAGAGAGAGAGAGAGAGAGAACGAGGAGGGAAACACUGUGUGUGAGUGUGUGUGUGUGAGAGAGAGAGAGAGAGAGAGAGGGAGAGAGAGAGCAGGCAAGGGAGGAGUGUACUGAAUGAGGCUGUGGGUUGUGUUCAUUUCGGUGAGGGACAGACGAAGAGAGGAUGGAGCGCUGGAGCAGAUGAAGACCUGCACUGGUCUUCCCUCUGGUUCAGAUGAGUGUAUCUAAGCCCCCCCCUGCAGCCCACGCUGCCCUUCCCACCCCUCAUCUCUCCAUCCCUCCAUCCUCACCUUCCUCCACCUCCUCCUCCCCCCCUCCCUCGGCCCCGCCCUCCUCCCCUCUCCGGAUCUCCAUGCAGGAACACUUCGCUAUAAACGUGUGUCCGGGUCCGAUCCUGCCCAUCCCCCAGAUCUCCGACUUCUUCCCACGCUUCCACGACUACCCGCUGACUCCGCCCCCUCCACGCCAGAAACAACCGGCCCCAAAAGAUGGGUUGGGAGAGAGGGAAGGGGAGAGGGAGCAGAAUGGAGAGGAGCGGGAGUUUGCUGACUCUGAUGAUGAUGACACUUACCUUGGAACACUGGAAUUUAGCCUGCUGUUUGACCAGGAGAACAACUGUCUCCACUGCACUAUCAACAAAGCAAAGGGACUAAAGGCCAUGGACUCUAACGGACUUGCUGAUCCUUAUGUGAAGCUCCACCUCCUGCCUGGGGCCAGCAAGGCAAAUAAACUGCGCACUAAGACCCUGAAGAACACGCUGAACCCAGUGUGGAACGAGACACUGAUGUACCACGGAAUCACAGCAGCCGACAUGACCACAAAAACCCUCAGGCUGUGUGUGUGUGAUAUGGACCGAUUGGGCCGUAAUGAAUUUAUCGGCGAGGUCCGAGUGGCUCUGAAGAAGCUGACCGAAGGAGAGACCAAACGAUACAACAUGGGUUUAGAGAGAAUCACACAGACCCGAGAGGGUAAUAAUCAGACUGUGGAUCAGACAUCCCAACCAGCAGAGGAAGAGCGGGGGCGUAUCCUGGUGUCUCUGUGUUACAUGGUGGAGAAGACGAGUCUGGUGGUGGGAAUCAUCCGCUGUGCCCACCUCGCCGCCAUGGACUCCAACGGCUACUCCGACCCCUUCGUCAAAAUUGUUCUCCAGCCGGAUAUGGGGAAGAAGUCAAAAUACAAAACUACAGUUAAGAAAAAAACACUAAACCCAGAGUUUAAUGAGGAGUUUAUGUAUGAGGUUCCUCUUGACCAGCUGGCGAAGAAGACCCUGGAGAUAUCGGUGUGGGACUACGACCUGGGCAUGAGUAAUGACUUCAUAGGUGGGGUGGAGUUGGGUAUCAACGCGAAGGGCGAUCGGUUGAAGCACUGGUUCGAGUGUCUGAAGUAUAAGGGGAAAAAAGUGGAGUACUGGCACACGCUCACACAGCAGGGGGCGCCGAGCAGCGACUGACCCCCCCCUCCCCAACAUACACACACACACACACAUGCACACACACACAUAAAAAAUAAGAGAACUAGUAAUAAUAUGAAGAUGCAAUAAUAAUAAACACACUUCUGACAAGAAGGAAGGAAGUGUGAGGAGAAAGGGUGAUGAUGUAAUGAUGAUGUAAUGUCUAGGUAUCACAUCGUCUGUUAAAACCAUUGUGAUGUGUACACGCAGACCGGUGUCACACACUCGUUUUCGGUUUCCCUGUGGUGUUGUGGCGAGGGUCUUAGGCUGCAGCAUUAUUGAUGUGUGUUUGUUAAAGGGGCUGUCAACUCACCAUCCUAUAAUACCAUACAAUACAUACACAACAUGCCACAUAGCUUAUACCAUAUUCCCAAUGGCGAAUAUCAUACAUGCAACAAUGGCAAUCACAGCCCAAAUUUAAAACACUGGCAGGUCACGCAGGUUGCCACGUUGAGGACAAAGAACGCAGGUGUGUGUAAGCUAGUAACUGCCGUGGUAGUUCAUGUUAGCAUGGUUACUUUACCUCAAAUAUCUCAAAUACUCCCUUUAAUCAUAUCCCAUGUUGAAAUGCCCAUCUCUACUACUUUAGCUAACCUCGUCUGAAGCUCAGUGCCACCCUGUUCAGGAGAAAUUUGCAGCUUAGCUUCUGUCUUGUAGUCCUUCUGGACUCUAAACGUCUCAAUCUAUCAAAUGCAUUGCCAAUAUUUACUGCUGGUUUACUCCACCUUUGCUGAUGGAGCUUUUUGGAAGGAUGUCCAGGCUGUAGCACACUGUGUUUACCUACUGUUGUGUUCCAUACCUGGCAACCCAUGGUGUGGAUAUAGGACUAGGGAAUGGAUGGUUCUUAAAGAAGAACAUACAGGCUGAAGCUCUGUUGUCAAAAGAUGCCAGAGUUUAAACAUACUGCUUCUUUAAUGUUCUGCAGAACCUUUUUUAGGUAAUGAGUUGACGGCCCCUUUCAGGUGUACUAACCUUAAUAAGGUUUAAGUGUUUAAAAGUGUUUCUGGAAGAAUAAUUUGCACAAUGUCAGUCAAAGCACAGCACACACAGCUGGAUAUGUCCUCGAACAGUCGUCUGUUGUUUUUGUAUCUACGUAUAUGUAUGUGUGUGUGUGUGUGUGUGUGUGUGUGUAUGCUGCGUGUGUGUGUAUGUGCAAGUGUGCGUGUGUAUGUGUGUGUGUGUGUCAUUUAUGGUAUUUUAUAUGAAUUGUGGUCUUUUUGUAUGUGAAUCUCCACAAAACCAUCGUCCAGUCGGUCAGGGGGUACAGAGAAAGUAGCUAUACACACAUUCACAUACAUACAUACAUACAUACAUACAUACAUACAUGCAUACACAGUUACAUACAUAUAUACAUGAGCACAAUGAGGAUGGGGAGGAGCUGUGUGGACCCACCUUUUCAUUUUUAUCUCCUUUAUGAGGAUUUCUAUGUCAAUCAUUGGUGGACUGCUGCAGUGAAAGUUGUACAACCAUUUACAUGCCUGUGCCAUGCGUGUGUAUGACUGGACAUACACCAGUGUGUGCUGGAAAUUGUGUAUGUGUGUGUGUUUGCAUGCAGAUUUGAAUGACCUUGUUCUGUAGUAUAUUUAUGUGUGUGUAAGCGAGUGUGUGUGUGUGUGAGUCUGGUCUCUGUUGAAUGUGUCAGUGUAGUCUCCUUCAAAAUUUGUCCUCAUUAAAAAAAAGCACACUGAAGAAUGCUCUCUGCUGCCCUCGACUGGCGCAGUGCUCAAACUGCACCAACAGUCUGUGUCAGUGCCAGAAAGCACAGCCUACGGAUCAACCAAACAGCCUCUGAUGAUUUCAACCACCAAUCAGAAAGACUCUGAGGAGCUGAACCACCAAUCACAAAGCAUCUGAAGAAGACACAAACCAACCAGAAAGACUCUAAAGAGCUCAAAGCACCAAUGAGAAAGUUUCUGAAGAGUUCAACCUCCAAUCACACAGCCUCUAAAAAAAAGGUCUACCACCAAACACACAGCCUCUAAAACGGUCAACCACCAAACACACAGCCUCUAAAAAGGUCAACCACCAAUCACACAGCCUCUAAAAAGGGCAAACACCAAUCACCCAGCCUCUGAAGAGUUCAACCAACGAAUCAAAUAAGCCUGAAGGGUUCAACCACCAAUCAACAGCCUGUAAAAAGUUUAAUCAAUUUAAUCAGAAGUUCUCUAAAACAUCAACAGCCAAUCAUGAAGCCUCUGAAGAGUUCAAGCAUCAAUGAGAAAGCCUCUGAAAUGUUCAACCACCAAUCAGAAAACAUCUGAAGAGUUCAAACACCAAUCAAACUGCCUUUAAAAAGUUCAAGCAACAAGAAGAAAGCCUCUUAGAGCGCAAGUGCUGAUCAGAACACAUCGGAAGAGUUCAGCCACCCACGAAACAGCCUUCGAAGAGUUCAACUGUCAAACAGAUUCUGAAGACUUUAGCCACCAAACAUACAGCCUCUGAAUAAUUUAACCGCCAAUCAAACAGCUUCUGGAGAGUUUACCCACCAACCCAACAGCCUUUAAAAAUUUCAACCACCAAUAACAAGCCUUUGGAGAGUUUAAUCACCAAACAGCCUCUGAAGAGUUCAAGCGGCAAUAAGUAAGCCUCUAAACUGUCCAAGAGUUCAAUCACCUGUCAAACAGCUUCAGCUUAUCCACAAAAUCAACAGCUUUGGAAGAGUUCUACAGCUCAUCAGAAAUCUUCUGAAAAGUUCACCCACCAAUCAAAGAGGAUCUAAAAGGAACUUUCCUCCAAUCAGUGUCUAAAGAGUACAACCACCAAUCAAAAAGGCGCAACCACAAACCAGCCUUUAAAAAGCUUGACUAGCAAGCAAACAUUUUUGAAGAUCUCAGCAAUUAGUCUUUAAUAACUGUUAAUAAAAUGUUCAAACAGUUUCUGAACAACCUGGUCAUUAAUUGCCAGUUUCUAAACAUUGCAACCGCCAAUGAAACAAUGUUUGAGAACCACCAAUCAUCUAAAGAAACAGCAUCUAAAGACUUCAACCACCAAUCAGUCUUUGAGGAUCUCAGAUACUGAUCAUACAGUAUCUGAAGAGCUGGACCACCAAUCAACAGCAUUGGAAAAUAUUGAUCAUCAUUCAGAUACCAACAACCAACCAAACACCAUCCAAUUCUUUUUAACAAUUAACCAGCCUCUAAACCUCUGAACUGUGUCUGGAGAUCUCAAUCACUGAUCAGACAGCAUCUGAGUAGCUGGACCACCAGUCUCUGAAGACUCAAACACCAGUCACCACUAACCACUCCAUGAAGGUCUCAAUUACUGAUUUUACAGCAUCUGAAGAUCUCAAAAACCAAUCACAACCAACCAGUCUCUAAAGAUCUCAACCACAACCAACCAAAUAGUCUCUGAAUAUCCCAAUCAACAAUCACAGCCAACCAAACAGUCUCUAAGGAUCUCAACCACCAAUCACAACCAACCAGCCAAACAGUCUCUGGAGAUCUCAACCACCAACCAGUCCCAACCAAAUAGUCUCUGAAGAUCUCAACCACCAAUCACAACCAACCAAACAGUCUGUAAAGAUCUCAACUACCAAUCACAACCAACCAACCAAACAGUCUCUGAAGAUCUCAACCACCAAUCAGUCCCAACCAAAUAGUCUCUGAAAAUCUCAACCACCAAUCACAACCAACCAGUCUCUGAAGAUCUCAACCACCAAUCACAACCAACCAAACAGUCUCUGAAGAUCUCAACCACCAAUCACAACCAACCAAAUAGUCUCUGAAGUUCUCAACCACCAAGAUGUAACUUUAACUCAUUGGAUCACAACAGACUGUGGGUCCAGACAUGCAGAUAUAACUUUUUUUUUUUUUUAUUUAUUAUUUUUAAGGUCUGAUGAAAAGACUCUCAUUGUGCUUCCUGAUUAUAUUUAAGCAGAGUGGAUCAUCUGAACUACCACUUAGGGUUUAUCAUGUGCAUGAAAAGAUGUUUACCAAACCCAGCGGAGCGGCAUCUUUUCUCUGUAAAGUUUCCACUGAAUAUGUGCUCAUGUUUCUCGCUUCGAGGCCGUGACCUCGUCUUGUGUUUUGUGUGAAGUGAAACAGGCCAUUUGCUCACAGGGUCCGGCGAGGCUGGUCAUUAUGCAAGCUGGACCUCCUACAAGCAAAUGCUUGACCUUGCUUCAGUCUUUCCUCUUUGUUUUGUACGUGGCGUUGGCGGGCAGAACAACUAACACAGGGUCUCCUGGUCCUGGCACACAUUUUAGUGCUCUAACGCACCCGCUCUGCGCUCAGGAAGGGCUUGAUAAUCAGCUGAUGAGUUGAGCGAGGCGUGUUGAAAGCAGGGAAAACACUAAAAUGUGCCAUGCCAGGGAUUACAUAAACUGCACGUUCUGAUCCAUUCCUCGUUAGAAGGGACAGCAUAGAGGCAUUCCGACAGGCUGCGGUAAGCAUGUUUAUAUCCACACUCAUGAAACUAUUGUUCAAAAUAACAUAUACAUGCAAAAAUCUUAUUGUAUUUGCUUUUAUGCAGAGUUCUUAUUCACCAUUUGUGUCUCAGACUCAUAAAACUUGGAUGGCCAUUCAAUAACUGAACAUUAGAUAGACGUAAGAACUGCUGCAUGCCUGCAGGAACGUCAUGCAUGUCAUGUAAAGUGUCCUGAUGACCCCGUUUACGUCCAUCUUCGCCGUUUACGAGGCUGUACUGGCUGUUUUUGCUUUAGCCUUUUGCACAGAGACGGCUCAGUGUGUGUCGUGUUGGGUUGGUUGACAGGUCCGAGCUCCAGCUGGGAGCUGACCAAGGGGUCACUCAAGUCUUUUUCAUGUGUCCUCGCUGACUGUCUAUGUGGAACAUGUACUGUGACUGCCGUUGUGUGGUCAGUCUUUGUAACUGCGUCUCGAAAUAAAAAGAAUAAAUGAAUUAA